CAUCAACCAGAAGAUUAGCAUCAUCGCUAACAGAUACACAUAGUGGUAGACUGCACUCAGACAGGGGCAUUUCCUGGCUGUUUAAUCUUCAAAAAUUUGAAGGAAACUACAAAUCACUGAGGGGAAUUUAACGAUGACUUGCAGGCAGUGGGUUCAGCGAUGAGACAAAAUGAAUCCAGAUUAUACCACCACCCAAAAGGGCACUUCAGAGACUGGAAGGGUAAAGGGGCAUGUGCUCUACACAGGUAGAGACAUAUCUGUCCAUGUUACCUUUUGCAAAGUGGGCACUGCUUCAUGUGGCAACACCACCACUCACCUAAAUAGCCCACAUGCCGCUGGGUGAGAAGUUUUUUAAAUUGUUUUUGGGCAGAAUUAUGUGAGGUGUUGUUAGUGAUGAGCCUUGGUCCAUUUAGCUUGGAAUAUGCCACCCUCGUCAAUCUGUCACCUAAUCCUGCCUAAUGGGCAGGUCAGCCCUGGAGGAAAGUAUUGGCUGUAAGAAGUAAGAGAACAUAACAUCUGGUUGUUUUUAAAUGACUUCUUAUGACAUUGCUUUAUUUUUGUUCCGAUCUAUGUUGCUCACUCCAGUCAGCAGAUGGCGAUGUGAGUUUUUCAGGUGAUGCUUCUUGCGUGACGUAUAAUCUAGUGGACGGAACAGGAGGCUUCUUCAACAGAGACAAAAGGCUUCCGUUUCAACCAAUGCUGUGGUUUGCUAGCGAACAUAGAUCCGGAGCAUUUAAGCUCGUCAGACUAAUCUUGUGUAUAUUAAUCUUAGUGUUUAGAACACAAUUCUGUUUACGCAUCUACUUGUUAAUUUAAACGUAGUUUGCUUCUUAAAUUAGCGAAUGUGUUAACUUGAUACUGCACAAGGCUAAUCGCCCGGAGCACGAGGUCACGAAACUAGACGGAGAAAGAUCUGGUGAAAGGAGAGGAAGAAGCUUUCAGAAUGGAAGAGGAGGCUAUCACAUUGAAACAAGAGGAUGAUAUUACAGGGAAAGAGGAAGAUGGGAAAGAGGUUGUCAGAGUGGAAAAUGAGGAGGUAGAAGCUUUCAGAAUAAAAAAGGAUGAAGAUCCCGUAACAUUGAAGAAAGAGAAUAUAGUGAAAGAAGAGGAAGAACCUUUCAGAAUCAAAAAUGAGGAAGAUGCCGUAACAUUGAAGGAGGAGAAUGUAGUGAAAGAAGAGGAAGAACCUUUUGGAGUAAAAGAGGAAGAGGAGGAUAUCUCAAUAAAAGAGGAGGAAGAUGUUUUAGGAGUGAAAAAGGAGGAGGAGUCAGAAUAUCCGAUUACCAUCCGAGAGAGACAUGACGAUCCUGGAUCCUCUGGGGAGCCUCAACAACAUCCUGAUGCUGACGAGGCAGAGAAGAGUCUCUCCAGAUCAGAACACCAGAUGGACAACGCUAGCCCUUCCUCCCUCCCGGAGUCCCCGUGUUGUGCCUCUCCCGGUAGCACCUUACUGCUGGGUAUGAAGAGGUUGUCUGUGCUGCGGGUGGACUGCAGGAAAAAAAUUGGGCUGAGUGGAACUGUGAGAGGAGGAGAAGAGAAGAAAGGAUCAGAUUUGACACACCAAAGUAAGUGCUGUAGUUUAGUUGGAACAAAUACAAUAGAUCUGCCCACUGGUAUCUGUUACCAGGACAACCAGCAGAGUUAUGUUAGUUGCCAGGAAGAUAGACUGGUGUAUAUGGAUGUUAUGAAUAUCAUAACACUGAAAAAUGAUUCUGCCAAUGAAAAGAGAGAAACCAAUAGACCAUAUAAAACCUUGAUGAAAGUCAGCUUUGGAGAGAAAGUUUCAAUGAUCCGAUGUAAGAUGCUUGUUUUACAAAAACUUUUCCUUAAAACAUUAUGGAUAUUACAUUGCCUGUCCCAGUCAACCCCCCUAUCUUUACAAGACUGUAGAACAGGCAAACUAAACUCAAGACUUUGGUAA